GAGUCCACGAGCACCCCACCCACACCCACCGACCCACCCCACCAACGCAUCGGCGCAACGCCGUCGCCGUCGCCGUCGCGGUCUAGAAAAAGCCGCCGCGAUCUCCGACCGUGUCGUGCGCUCCUGUCCCCCUCCUCUCCGACGAGCCGCCUCGCCCAUGGCGUCGCCUCCGUCCGCUCCCUCCUCCUCCGCCGCCGCGGCCGCGCGUGCCGCUCCCCAUCGCCCGCGCUUGCGGUCGCGGCGAUCUCUCCGGCCGCCGCCGCAGCCGCAGCCGCGGGUGCUUCCCUCUUCCGUCGCCUGCCGAUCCUCCGCUCUCCGGGACUUCCAAUUCAGAAAUAUCUCCACGAGACCCACAAGCAGGCGCGAUGUCCUUCCAGUUGCCUCUGCAUUUGAUGAGGAUCUGGGUGAUUUCUCGCUGGUGCACGCUGAUGGGGAUGACCCUUUAGAGGUUGUUGUAUAUUCAAGUGAGAGCGACUGGAGCGAUGAGGAGGUCGUGUUAAAUCCAACGAGUGAUGUUGAGUUACCUCUAAAGAGCAAGAGCCGCUUUGAGGGUGUAGAGGGUGCGAUGACAGUUGCUGCCCAUAGGUUUGCCACGAUUGAGAAAGGGCAUAGGGACAGCAGAACUCAACAAGGGCUGAUGAAUAAUGUUGGACUGAUUGCUUUCUUAGCAAUAUUACUUUUGUUUGUCGACUGGUGUUCUUGGCGGAUUGUUAGACUACCUCUGGACUCUUUUUACUUGACACGUCCUUUUUUAAUAUCAUCAGUUCUAUCAGCAUUAGCUGGAUUUCUUUUUGCACCAGUUGCUGAUAACAUGAAGAUUCAUCAUUUCCGGAGGAGAGGGAAGCUUAUGUCUCCAUUCUAUAGAAAGCCAACACCAGCAAUGGGAGGAUUGUUCUUUGUACCUAUUGGCAUUUUUGUUGCAAGAAGACAGGUUGGUUCCUCAACUGGAGUGAAUGGAGCAGCUAUUAUAACCCUCAUAUUUGCAAUGGUUGGAUUUCUUGAUGAUAUUUCAAAUCUUGUCAUGGACUGCAAUCGUAAAAUACCGCAUUGGAUGAGAUUAUUUGUUCAGAUUGUUGCUGGGAUUUACUUAUCUAUCUGGUUAAGUUCUACAAAUAUUUCAACACCAUAUAACACGAAAUUCCUUGUUCCUCUUCCUCCUCCUCUUGGCCUUGCAUUCAUAGGAAAAAUCUAUCUCGUUUUGGCUGCAAUAUGUUCUCUUUCCAUGGGCACUGGAGUUACAUUGGUUGAUCAUCUUGAUGGCUUGGCUGGUGGCGUCGCUGCUUUAGCACUUGCUGGAUUGUCUGUUGCUUCCCUCCCAAUUUGUUCAGAAAUGAGUGUUUUUGGAGCAUCAAUGUCAGGCGCUUGCACUGGCUUUCUUUUCCAUAACAGAUAUAGGGCCUCAAUUGUUAUGGGACGUGUUGGCUCUUUUGCACUGGGAGGAGCAAUUGCUACAAUUGCAGCCUGCAGUGGAAUGUUCAUUCCGAUGUUCAUCGCAUGCAGCAUUUUUCUUCUUGAGCUGCUCUUGGUAAUAUUUCAGGUCCCUUUUCAGAUGGCUAAGAAGCACUUCCUUGGGACAAAUAGAUAUCCCUUGCGUAUUCUUCCCUCGUAUUACUUUCUUAAGUCGUGGGGUAUCAAGGAACCUUAUAUUGUGGCUGGCGCAUACAUUAUAUCAUGCCUAUUGACGGCAUUUGCAGGAUAUCUUGGUCUUGUUUCAGCGUAAGUGGAAGCUUAGGUUACUUACUAUUCUUUCAUUCUUUUUCUGUCGCUCCUACCUUAUUCUUUUCAGAAAGUUUGAACCUAUAGCAUUCUUUUAGAAUGGUAGUUACCAAGUGUAUGAUUCAUACAACAAACAUAGAAAAUGUAGAUAUUGGACCUAGUAGGAUUCCUAACAAUUGUGGGAAUUGGGUAUUAUAGCAUGAUAUCGUGAGCUACGUUUUCUGCCUUGCAUAAAGAAUUGUAUCCUUUUGUGACCUAAAUUAUUGUAGUUACAAAAGAUAUUAGACUAUCAAGGAAAAUAGCUUAUGAUUCUUGA